AUGAAAAGACCCACAACCAGCAAAGUCAUUCGACCUCCAUCAUCAUCAAGCAUAUUGGGAAAGAAAUCAUACAUGACAAUUCAUGUUGGAGAACGAGAUUAUUACGACUCGUCAUCAGAUGAUUCUCUGAUGGUGGUCAAAAAACUUGUUCCCAGUUUAAAGACAAGCCACUCGGCUUCCAAUCUCAGAACCAACAAGUCAUCAUCCUCAAUAGAGGGAAGGCAACUCAAUAAUAUAUCCACUCUAAAUUCUUCAAGUCCUACCAAUACGGGUAAGGAUUUAAGUAGGUCCUCAUCUGCAUCUGCUCUUUUAAAAAUCCCUACAUUAUCCCUCACUUCUUCUUCUGCCAAUAAGAUGGUAAAACCUUCUUUUAAAAUGUUAACACCCGACAAUAUUAUUCAUAUAUUGGGGUAUUUUGGGGGAGAAUUUCAAUCAUGUGUAUCAAAAGGAAAAAUUAUUUGGAGUAAAUUCUUUAAAACUUGGUAUGGAAGAUUAUCGGAUGAAACUGUACGUUUAUUGUAUGUCUAUGGAGACUUGACAGAGGCAAAAAAUAGCAUUGUUGAUGAAAUUUCAUUCCUUUGUGCUGCCCAACUGCCUUUUGGAUCUCACAAUUUAGAGAUUCCACUCAUUAAAAAGUUGUGCUUUUGUCCUUACAAGUUUACAGAUACUGAGAAGAAGGUGGCAACCAUAGUGAGGGAAGCUGAUGUUGAAUUAAAAAAGAAACUUUUGAGGAGAUUGGAUAAUUUUAAGGUAAAAAAUAGAUACAUUUGUGAUAGUCUAAAAAUUCUAAAAUUUAGUCAAUUGGAAACAUUUUGGGAAGCAAUUGAAAAGUGCUUUGAAGUAUUUCCAAAUUUUGAGGAAUUGAGAAUUGGCUUUAUUCACUGGGAAACUCCUGAUUUUGUAAAAUUUAUCCCUCGAUCAUACAAUUAUAGAGAUACGCUAGCGAGUGCACUAGCUAAAAGUAAUAGAAAAUGCAAAAAAAUCGAGAGUAGAGGUCUAGAUCAUUUCCUGACACCAAAACUAGCUCAAUAUUUGCCUCUAUUAGAGGAGUACAAAACAGUAUAUUCUUACUCAUCUAAGCACUUGAAGGAUAUUGGGAUGUGGAAAAAUUUGAAAAUACUGGAUUGUGACUUGAGAGGUUUACAAGGAAGUCAAAAACCAUGUAAUCACUCCGUUCCAGAAUUUUUCAAAUCCCUAGCUCACUGUAAAAAGUUAGAGUGCUUUAGAAUGCAAGAUGACUGUCUAUAUGCUGAUGAAUUCAAACAUCUAGCUAAUGCUCUCCCCAAUUUAAAAUACCUCAACUUGUAUAGUACAAAAACAGAACCUGAUAUUAUAGAAACGAUUGAAACGUUUACAAGUCUCAAAACUUUGAUAUUGAGUGAAAGCUUUGAUGAUGAGAUUGUUUGGUUAGAUCGGUUAAACAACAUUGAUAGUUUGGAAUAUUUGGAAAUAAGUGGUAGUUUGAAUUUUUCAAACUUUGUGGAAGUGUGUAAAUUAACAUCUCUCAAAACUCUGAGCGUACAAGUAGAUAUAGGAGAUGAAGCUGGCAAACAAUUGGCGAACUUGACUAAUCUUGAACAAUUGGAAUUACAAUCCUGCAGAAACUGUAAAAAUCCUUUCACCUACGCAUUAUGUUUAUUCUUACAAGACAAUUUGAAAAAUGUAAAGAGAUUUAACAUUCAACCUCAUUAUUCAGUCCAUGCCUAUAACCAUAUUCCGAUUGAAACACUGAAAACUCUGCAGUCCUAUAUUGUUAAGAAACAUAUUCUCCCCGAUGCUAUUCUAUAA